CAAGCUUUGUUACCUGUGACUUAUAGCUGCAGUGUUGUAGAGGAGUGAGCAGUAGCAUCUGGAGUUGUGGUUUGAGUGAAGACCUUGCAGUUGACCAUGAGUCUUGGUUUGAUGUUUAGGCUACCUUGGAUUUGCCUUUUCUUCUUGACUGAUGUAGGCCUAUGCAGUCCUCAAGUUCAAGAAAACCUAAAUUCCCAUCAGGAGAAACUCAUUCCUGUGUGGACUUUCGGUCCGGCUCAGGAGGAUCAGAAGUCCAAGACGGUUGAGGCUCCAGCCCAAGAGCGUCCAGCAUGGAUUCAUACUGCCUCAACAUGGAUCGAGAUGCCACCAGCUCCAGUGAGCCAGGAAGUUCAGGAACCCAAGGUGCCUGAAGCUCCAGCCCAAGAGCCCCCAGCAUGGGCCCAGAUGCGCCCAACUCGGAUCAUGCCUACAGCUCCAGUGAACCAGGAACCCAAGGUGCCUGAGGCUCCAGCCCAAGAGCCCCCAGCAUGGGCCCAGAUGCGCCCAACAUGGAUCAUGCCUCCAGCUCCAGUGAACCAGGAACCCAAGGUGCCUGAAGCUCCAGCCCAAGAGCCCCCAGCAUGGGCCCAGAUGCGCCCAACAUGGAUCAUGCCUCAAGCUCCAGCUCCAGUGAACCAGGAACCCAAGGUGCCUGAGGCUCCAGCCCAAGAGCCCCCUGCAUGGGCCCAGACGCGUCCAGCAUGGAUCAUGCCUCCAGCUCAAGUGAACCAGGAACCCAAGGUGCCUGAAGCUCCAGCCCAAGAGCCCCCAGCUCCAGCCCAAGAGCGUCCAGCAUGGAUUCAUACUGCCCCAACAUGGAUCAAGAUGCCACCAGCUCCAGUGAGCCAGGAAGUUCAGGAACCCAAGGUGCCUGAAGCUCCAGCCCAAGAGCCCCCAGCAUGGGCCCAGAUGCGCCCAACUCGGAUCAUGCCUACAGCUCCAGUGACUCAGGAACCCAAGGUGCCUGAGGCUCCAGCCCAAGAGCCCCCAGCAUGGGCCCAGACGCGUCCAGCAUGGAUCAUGCCUCCAGCUCCAGUGAACCAGGAACCCAAGGUGCCUGAAGCUCCAGCCCAAGAGCCCCCAGCAUGGGCCCAGAUGCGCCCAACAUGGAUCAUGCCUCAAGCUCCAGCUCCACCCAAGAGCCCCCAGCAUGGGCCCAGACGCGUCCAGCAUGGAUCAUGCCUCCAGCUCCAGUGA